UGCCACUUGCGACAACUUGACACAAACACUCGGCCAUGUUCGACUCUUUCGUUUCUUUUCCACUUUAAACUUAAAUGACACACGAACAAGUGUUUUUUUUUUUUUUUUUGCGCAAUUAAGCAAAUCAUGUGAACUUCGGGAAUGGAGGAGAAGGGGCUGGCUAUCGCUCCACACUCGCUGGCCGUGGUGCUGUCGAGGGCGAGCGGACAAGAUGGGAAGGAGUCGUCGCGCCUAUCGUCACCGUUAUCGCCACCUGUAUCGGCGUUAUCGGCAUUAUCGUCGCCGCAUGCCGGCUUCCAGGUGUUUGCGGACUUCAAAGCCACCAAUAUGCAGCAUUUCUGGAACCGGGCACUCACUCGAGCCCUGGCGGGGGUCUUCUUCCUCGGCUGGAUAGACGAGCACGUGCUCCUCGUCCACGGCCGAGAAGUUCACCUCCAAGUGCUCAGGAACGGAUGGACCAGGCGGACCCUGAAGCCCCCACCCGGGUUCCACAUCAGGUGCAUAGGUGACGUGUCUCCCAUCAGCAUGUCGCCCAUCAGUCAGUCCCAGUUCAUCCCGCUGGGGGAGAUCCUGUGCCUCGCCAUCUCUGCCAUGAACGCCGCACACAAGCCCGUAAACCAGGAGGCGCUGGUGGAGCACCUCACUGCCAGCUUCCCAGGCGUGCCUACACCCAGCUUGGAGGUCCUGCGACACACCUUGAACAUGCUGGUGCGAGAGAGGAAGAUAUACCCCACCCCAGAGGGCUACUUCAUCGUCACUCCCCAAACCUACUUCAUCACACCGUCCCUCAUCCGGAGCAACAACAAGUGGUAUCAUCUCGACGAUCGGCUGCAGGAGCGGCCGACGCAUCCGCAACAGCCGUCUCAGCCUUGCGCUUCGCCUAAGUCUGGUAAUGUAACGCCAUCCACACCCAGUUGCUUGACAGAGAGGCCUUCGCGCAAGAAUCAUAAUGACUCCUAUAAUUCCCGACGCGAGGAUCCAGCCAGGCUUCAUGGAGCUGCUCUCCAAAGUAAGCCACCAAAGGAACAGAAGGCGGAUUCCCAGCCGAACAAAACCACCAACGGCGGGGAAGCUCCGACGUCCGCCAAGGAGCAGCACCGAGGAGAACCGCCGUCUUACCCCCACCCACCCCCUCUUACAUCCCCUCCUGUCAAGCAACCCCCGCCUCAAGAGCCGGCAGAGAAGAGCAAAAUCGUCACGUCGUUCCCUUAUAAAACCGACACACUGACCAAAAAGAAAGAGGGAAGCUCUGGCGGAGGAAGCAGCGAGAAACAAUCCAAACGCUUUGGGCUCAGGCUUUUCCGUCUGAGCUUCAAGAAGGAUAAAAUGAGGCAGUUGGCCACCUUCUCGGCCCAGUUUCCCCCAGAAGAGUGGCCGCUUCGCGACGAGGACAUGCCCACCACAGCUAUACCCCGGGACAUCGAGAUGGAGAUCAUCCGAAGGAUCAACCCCGACCUGACGGUGGAGAACGUGGCGAGGCACACGGCCGUGAUGAAGAGGCUGGAGGAAGAGCGUACGCAGAAACACAAGGCGGGGUCGUCAGCCCAGCACAGCGCUCGCAGUCGGAGAGGGAGGGGCCACAGGAGGGUGCCACAUGGUAAGUCCCGCUCUCACAGCAAACCUCGGACUUCAAGGGGGGAGGCAUCGGAGGGAUCGAACUGGGAUCUUUUGUUCAUGGAAAGGGAUUUCCGCUUCUUUAGCCACUCGCUAGUGCGCUCACCUCGGGAGGCCAUGUACACCUUAGAGCGCAGGCGCAGUGGGGGCGCCACCUAUCUCGUCCACAGCAACCCCAACAUCACCGAGUCAUACUGCCCCGUCACGCCCGAGUGGGACGUGUCCGGGGAGCUUGCCAAGAGAAGGACAGAGAUGCCCUUCCCUGAGCCGUCUCGGGGCACGUGCCAGUCCCGAGUGCAGAGGAGUCAUAGUCACAAUCAGGACAGGAAGUCGCGACAUGACCGGUCAGAUCAAGCUAAAGAGCGAUCGCGCUCCAUGGACAACGCCCUCAAAGGUCCUUCGCUUGGGCCGCCAGAGGACUUUGAGGCCAGCUUGGAGGAGCGCAGUCACUACUACACGGACAAUGGCACACUGCGGGCCACACAGAAGUCUAGCCACUACUCAAGGAUCAUGUUCUCUGCUGCUAAGUUCCACUCGGAUUUUAAUGUGCCUGAUUUGGGGAAAGGGAGUGUGGAUGAGUCGAGGCUUCGGAGUACGAUGGAGAGGAACAAAAGCAGAGACAGCUUGCCGACGUACAACGAGCUCAUGGGACUUUCUCCUAAGCCCUCCACAGACGAGUACUUCCAGUGCAAUACAUCAAAUGAAACAAUCCUAACUGCCCCUUCGCCUCAGGCUAAAUCAGAGUAUGACACAUUAACCUCAUCAGGGGGACUCCGAAAGGGCUCUCCGGCCGACCGCCAAACGCCUCACCUCACCUCUCCUCACAAGGUGGAGUACAAAGAGGACUUGUCGGCGGGGAAGGGGCAGAGCAGCUCGGUCCGACUGACACCGAGCCAGACGCCGGAGCCGGCGCAAAACGCCCGCUUGACGCCGCACCAACACAACGUGGACCCCGGAGGGGGCGGGUCCAGCCAGUCAAUGAAGAGGAAAGAGAUCUUCAGCAAGGACACUUUGUUCAAACCUCCACACAAUGCCUUGUCCGCAGGCUAUGUGGACAGCAGCUACAGCAAGUCUGGCACAUUGCGGAAAGCCUCGCACGCCAAAUCAACAGAGGCCCUUGACAAUCCUGAGCCCCAGCAGCCUUCCAAUUCAGCCGCUUCCUCAGCGUCGCCUGCGCUCCUGCAGGGCUGCUUAGAGCCAACUGUCCCCUCCGCCUCCUUUGACUACUAUAACGUCUCGGACGACGAGGAUGACGAGGAAGCGGAAGAGGACUCGCACAAAGAGUUGGCCAAGGCGGAGGACAACAAGGACCACAGGGAAGCGGGUGGUAACAGCGGGGGCGGUGGUGGCUGCAAUAGCGGAAGUGGUGUCGUCGGUGGCGGGGAGGGAACCAUAAAGUGGCUGCUGGAGCGAGAGAAGGACCACGACCUACAGCGCAAACUGGAGACCAAUCUGACCUUACUUAGCCCCAAGGAGACCGACAACAGCAGCAGCCAGAAGUCGGCACACUCGGCCCGCUUGGACAGCAUGGACAGUAGCAGCGUCACGGUGGACAGUGGAUUCAACUCCCCGAGGACGCGCGAAAGCCUGGCGUCCAACACCUCCAGCAUCGUGGAGAGCAAUAGACGGCAGAACCCGGCGCUGAGCCCGGGCCACAUCGGCACCAGCGGCAUGGGGCUGCCCUUCAGCUUUCGCGCCAUCCCGGAGCCGCCCGCCCCGCAGCCCGACAAGCUCCAGAAGCCGUCCAACUGCCUGGCGUCCAUCACCAGCGUGUGACUUGACACGCCGUGAAGGUGAUGGAAGCUUCUACCACUUUGAGCCUACCUUUUGUUUCCUUCCUUCUUUUUUUUUUUUUUUUUUUCUUUGCUCUUUUUAUUUGGUUUUCUGGUGUCAAACACACACUUUGGGACUACUGACAAGUUAUUGGGACUGUUACUAAAAAAAAAAACAAAAAAAAAAACAGGCAUGGCUUCUAGAGACUGUUCCCACAGCUUCAACAAGAACUUCACUGCAAAAAAAAAAAAAGAAAAAAAAAAGGAUUUCAAACAAAAGAAAGGGAAGGAAGACUUUCUAGUCCGUCAAGACGACUACUAUGGGGAAGUAUUAGAGUAUAGGAUUCAAGUUUGUUUUUUUAAAUAUAUAACUUAAGAAUACAUGUCCGACUAAAUGUUCUUCUUCCUCGAUGAAGGCUCACUCCUCCUUCAGGAGGCGUUCAAUGUAUUAUCAGCACAAUGUGGAGACUAUAAGAAGAAGAAAGAUUAUACAACAUGAAUCAGCUCCGAUUUGUGUGCCGCAAUGCAAAUGAUGUAAUGUAUACUCCAUACUUUUGAUAUCCUAAUUAUUAUAAUGGUGGUAUUAAAGAUGCUAUGUGACCAAAAUGGCUUUAACCUCAUCGAUCACUCAACUGC